UGUGUGCAAUAUUAUUUUUGUUGCUAAAUAAUCUCAUUUUGUUUAAAUUAUUAUUUGUUUUGUUUAAUUUUUCCUUUAAAACUUUCAACGAGUCUAUAAUAGGUAAUUUAAUAUAUGACAGACAAUUUAGUUCUCAUCGUCAUCAAGUCACAAGUGAUCGCCCCAAGUGUCUAGCCAUUCAUCACAAUCAAUGCUAUAAAAUUUUUGUAAAGUGCAAUGUGGCGCAGGUAGUUAAUUGUUUGUACCGCGUGUGAAAUGUCACAACAUGGAUUCCCUGAGAGACUGUCGAACACUUCAAAGGGGCUCCAGGAAGAUAUGUCAAGCCAGACUAUGGAGGUGCUAGUUGAGACUCUGACUGGCACAGCUUUUGAAAUCACAGUCUCGCCUUCUGACACUAUUUUCGAUAUCAAAUCGAAAAUAUAUAGAGUAGAAGGCAUUCCAAUAUCUCAGCAGCACCUAGUUUACAAUCUCAAAGAGUUGGAAGAUGCACGAUCGCUCCGCGAGCAGUCGGUAUGUGAUGGAGCGAAACUCCGGCUCGUGUUGGGCCUUCGCGGAGGGCCAGUCGCCACACGCAGGCUGCCUCCACCCGAACCGUGGCACGACAUUGAACGAAUGCUUGCUUCUAAAAGUGGGGAGUGUUCGAGCGGCGGGUCCGGGUCGGGCAGCGGGUGCAAGGUGACGGUGGUGGUGUUCCGAGAAGGGGAAAGGGUUAACAUGCUCAGGGUCAGGGAGAACAAGGACGGCACCUAUUCGCAUCUUGACACUGCCAAGUACUCGUCGUCCCUGAGCCACCUGGCCGAGUGCGAGCGCGACGAGGGUCACUCGACCGGUGGGGAGCUGGUGGCCGACAUGAUGCACGACAACGCCCUCACCAUGACCAAGAUGAUGCAGCUCAGGCAUCGCAUGCUCAAGCUCAACGCCUCCAGGCCCUCUCACGUGAAGAGAGACAUCCAGAAGACGAGGAGCGAAGAGUUCCUGUCCGUGGCCAGUCUGCUGGACGACCCCGCGCUGGAAGAAGGCCGCUUCAGGAGGUAUGACUGCUUCUCAGGAUCGGUCCUGCCCUGCAGGACUGACUCCGACCCCAACAUUCCUGACGCUGACGACACGGCUCGCUUGAAGCUGUCGGAGGCCCUGUCGGGCUCCAUCCUCGUGAAACGCGAGGCGGGCGAGGGGCGGGGGCAGGGGGACGUGGACACGCCCUUGGCAGCUGACAGUUUGCCCGCGCUACAUGCGGACUAUGGCCCUCUAGUAGUCGGGGAAUCCAGCGGUUGGCGAGCUCGUGGGUUCGGCUCCAGUUCUCAGUUGGCGGGAGGCCUGGCGGGGUCCCUCGCGGGAGGCCCCGUGGCGGGCUCCUCGUCCGCCUUGCACGUGCGCACGCGAAGGUCGGCGCGCUCCUCGCCGCCCCUGUCCGACGCGCUCUUCUCGUCUUCCACCUCGGAUCUGGAGCAUUUGAAGAGGAAUAGAAUCCUUCCAGCCUUAAGCCGGCACCGCAACCGAGAACACCUGCACCUGAGCGACGACAGACUGGACACGCCUCCCCCCGACUCCCUCGCCCCCUCUCUGGCCCCUCUCAACAAGGAAGUGGGCUCCGAAAGGAGACAGAGGCGCAUCGACAAGAUCACGGAGAUGGAGCAACGCUUCAAGGAGGACAAGGAGGUGUCGCAGGAAAAGGAAAAGAGCACCGAAGAGAAGAAGAAGAUAAAGAUCCGUUGUGCGUUUUGCAAGAAGCGGCUCAGCAUAGCGACGGUGCACACUUGCCGCUGCGGGGCCGAGCUGUGCGCCCCUCACCGCUACUCCGAGGUCCACGGCUGCGCCUACGACUACAAGGGGCACGCGCUGGACGCGCUGCGGAGGGAGAACCCUCUCGUGAGCGCCCCCAAGCUCCCCAAGAUAUAGACUGACGAGUGCGGAUCGAAGGGCCGAGAGCCGUUUGGAGGGCCUUCGUUUCAAAAGUUAAAUUCUGGAGUCGCUCGGAGGGUCGAGUCUUCUACAUCUCUACCCCUGCGGACACCGUUCCGCUCUCUCUCCGUCUCUCGUCGGGUUUGAGUAUUUCGGACCGAGGCCUAAAUGCUCGUAAAUAGCAAUUUUGUUUUAAAAAUUCUAUAAAUCUUCCGAAUUCUCGGCAGCCUUCGAGAACGCACCGACCGUCGGGUCGUAACGUGAAGUGUCUUAUUUCUAACGGUUACUAAUAUACAAAUAUAUCACUGUUCGUUCGUACGUCCCCGAGGAGUCUUUCGGCCCACCCUCGGCUCGACGUUAGAUUGGAGCGGGAUCGCUCGGAGGGCUCCGAACGCUCCUGCGCGAUUCCCUCGGCCGCGAGAGACUCGCUCGAUUUUACGUGUAAAGUUGCAGCGAGACGGCACUCGAUGAAUGUGAUAUGACUAAAUUAAGUUUAAAAUGUUAUUAAAAUGCCAUUCGUGUGUUUGUUUUCGUAAUUAAAUAUAAAGAAAAAGUAUCAAAAAAAUAUAUAACUAUUAAUGAAUGCGCCGAACGUCUCGCCGAGAUCUUCUUGGUUAACCGAUCCCGUCGAGACGUUCCGUUGAUAAAUACUCCGGUGAUGACCUUAGUUGAGGUGCUUUGUGUUAGUUAGUACGGUUUCUAUAUUAUUUCCGUUGUAUAUUAUAAUGCAUAGAUUAAUGCUUAUUAUUUGUGGUCGGUGUGAUCAUGUACAAUGUUUACUUGCCGCGGGCGACCUCGAGUGAUGCCUUUUAUGUCAAUUGUCAAAUUAGUGUGUGACGUCUAUCCCGACGUAGACUAAUUACAAAUAGAGUUGCACGUGUCCCUCUCUUUCGCUGAAAUGUCACAGAUUAAUAUUUCUUCAGUAUCCUUUGAAUUUGGAAUAUUCGCUUUUUUGGAAAAGGAAUCACUUGUGUCGUCUUUUAUUUCUAGUUUGAUUUUUAGAAUGUUAAUUUUUCGUAUGUAUUUUGUGUAAGCGUAUAAAAUUCUCAAUGUUAACACGUUGUGUGUCAUCCAUCUCGUAUCGUGUUCCAAACGGUGUUUAACGAAAGUAAUAAGAAUGACUCAUUAUAAAUUUUUGAUAAAUCGUUUCGUCUUUAAGAAAUGAUCGUUUUUGACUGAAAUGUUAAACUGCCGGACAGCUUAAACCGAUCGUUCGGUGCCGAUACCCCACAUUUUCGUACUAGACCGUAUAUUUAAGUUUAUAGAUUCAUUUAUUUGGGAGAAUAAUUUUGGCUGAUUUGAAAAAUAUAUAAUGCGAAAGCGAA